GGACUCCAUCCUCAGGCCUGGUGACAAGGACUGGAAAAGACGAAGGCGUGGGCAACUAAGGCGGAUUGAUAGCUGCAGCAGCUGGGAUCCAGGCCACACCAGCGCAGAGGCUGGCAAAGGGAAACAGCAGCCUGCGUUCGGACUGAGUAGAGCCAUGCGCUGCUCCACCCUGCUCGGCAUCCUCACGGGGGUGCUUCUCUACUUGGUGCUGGGAGCUGUGGUGUUCCGCUCCUUGGAGGCUCCGCGAGAGGAGGGCAAGCACAUGCAGCUGCUGGACAUACGCCGGGACUUCUUGUUGAACUUUACCUGCAUGGGCCCAGACGACCUACAGAGCCUUAUAGAGGAAGUAGUGGAGGCUGUCGGUGCAGGUGUGGAUCCUAACAGCAACUUCACCUUCGUCAGCCAAUGGGAUCUGGCCAGUGCUUUUUUUUUCUCAGGGACUAUCAUCACAACCAUUGGUUUUGGAAACAUCUCUCCCAAGACAGAAGGAGGGCAGCUGUUCUGCAUUUUCUACGCCCUGGUGGGAAUCCCGAUGUUUGGUAUUCUGCUCGCUGGAGUCGGAGACCAUCUGGGUACCUGGCUGAGGAAAGCUGUUGCCAAAAUAGAGACUCUCUUCCGGAAAUGGCAUGUUAGUCCAACCAUUGUGCGGGUGAUCUCAGCCGUCCUGUCCAUCCUGCUGGGUUGCCUGCUCUUUGUCGCUGUGCCUAUCCUGGUUUUCCAAAAGGUGGAGGAGUGGACUCUGCUGGAGUCGGUCUACUUUGUCGUUAUCACCCUGACAACAGUGGGGUUCGGAGACUAUGUUGCAGGGGAUUCAGGAAAGGCGGGGAGUGACCACUGGUACAAGCCUUUGGUGUGGUUCUGGAUCUUGCUGGGUCUUGCCUACUUUGCAUCUAUCCUGACAAUGAUUGGUAACUGGCUUCGAGUUCUAUCCAAGAAGACCAGAGCUGAGAUGGAGGAGCUCCGAGCCCACGCCACUGACUGGACUCAAAACAUCCACAAUAUGUCGGUGGAUUUUCGCAUUCCAGGAAAAAUCGAUGACCCCUUCAAACGACGUCGCCGGAAGCGUCGCCACGGCCCUCGCAGCAAUGGUCACACCGCAUCAGCUAACGGGGCCCCUGAGGGGAAAGAAGAGCAACGUGAGAGUCAGACAGAGUCUGGAUCUUACUCCUCUUCCGCCUCCUCUAAUGAAUCAGGCUCUCGGUCAGAAACAGACUCUCAGGUCACUCAGACGGAGCGAGUGCCUGAAGAAAAAACUGCAGAACCUGAAAAGGAGGAGACUCCUCCAGAUCCCCACCUGUCUCAGCCUCUGGACUACUUUGGGGAGAACCUUGCCUUUAUUGAUGAGUCUUCAGAUGCCCAGAGUGGUAAACUACAUUUGGAUCCUCUGCUGGAUACAUCACAAUCCAACUGUGCACGCUCUCAGACACCCAAGAGGAGACGUCAAAGAAGACCUGUUCCACAGAGAAGCCCCAAAAUCAAGAGGGAGCCCAAUGGAAACUCCCAAGCAGUUCCAGGUCUACCAGUGAAGCCUUUAGAAUUAAGCUAAAAACAGAACCUCCACUGCUAGCACAAGUAUCGCCCUGAGAGAUAUGAGAUGUGUUCAUGUUCUGACAAAGGAGUUGUCAAUAUAGCAAUUUAUUUGUAUGUAAUGCUUACUUACAGACUCUUAAGAUGAAAACAUGCAGCAGAAGCCUUGGCCACUUGUGGUUUGCAUUUAAUGCUCUUAGCAUGCCAGUGUGUAUGGCUCAACCAAAGAUGAUGAAGGGAUUUGUAUGCCAAUGUUCCCAUUACUUUCUGAGGAGUUACUGCUCUCUACUGGGCCAAGACAGUAAUGCACUACCACUCUCUUAACAUGAGGGUUCCCUGCCUUUUAUUCAUAAAACAAAUAGUGCAAGAAACAAGAAAAGCAACCAAAAAAACAUGUGUUUGCCACAGCAGUGUGAUGCUCAUGUUAAAGAGAGGUAGUAUUGGUCUGAGACAGUUACUCUUGAAUCCUGCCAACAAGUAAACGGGUACUAAACAGGCUCUUGUACAUCUUUGGUAUGUUAUAAAACUUUUUUUUAAAUACUGUGUACCACCAUAAUAUUUGCAGUUUGAUUGCCAAACGCAUUAAUCAUACUGUACUGCAUAUAUGUAAUAAAGAUUUCUUUUUUUUUUUUUUUUUUUUAAAGGAAAGCUGCAUUGCAUCUUAAAAGCAUGUUUAGCAUUUUUGUUCUACUUUACUUAAUUUUUAAAGAUGCUGUUCCAGCACAUUUGCUCCUCUGGGAAACAUGAUAAUCUGUUGAACAACCAUCUUUUUUAUCAUCACAUGUUGGGUUAGUGCCCUGGUGCACGAAGAAUGGCCCGGCAUACAUGAAAAAGUAGGUCAACCUGUCUAACAAAGCUGAGCAUAUGAGAGAGCUGAAUCCUGAUGGGUGUAUCCCAGAGACCAAACCAGGAGCUGGUUACAAUAUGUGUCCCAUAUUGAAUGUAGUAUAUCUGUGUUUCUGGAGGUUUUAGGGUCUGUCCUGCAGCUGGUCAUAUAAUCAGUCACACGACAAUGCACUGCACCAGUUGGUGGCAGCGUGAGCCUCUUCUAGGAUGAAACCAGGGACCCCGAAUUUGUUACAAUAAAAA